UCAAUAAUACUGGGAAUGAAACACCGAUAGACUCAGAAAAGAAUGGCGGAAAAACUUGUGAAAGAAAAAACAGAAGAAAAAGCAAAAGAAUUGGCAACAGAAGCAAUGAAAGUGGAACUGAAAACCAAGGAGGAGCUGAAGCCCUGGGAGCAGCACUCUACUGUGAUCACCAUUCCUCGCUUUGACUACAACGCCCCUCUUCUCUCCUCAGUCAUUCCCACUCCGGAUUCCUCAUCACCUGCCCCAUCAAGAGGGAGAAGAGUGCAACAAAAGAAGCCAUGUCAAUUCUUGAAAAGAAAUGAAUGAGUUUCAGUUAUAUUUGAAGUCCUCUCCAAUGCCUGUAUCAUUUUUAUUUCUUGGACCUCUCUUGUUGCAAAAGGAAGACAAAUGAUGAACCAACUUGGAGAAUGGGGAGGUGUGCAUCUGGUGCUUGCAAGAUUCUAUUCUUUUGACUUCACGGAGUUUUUAUAAAAGCUGUGUGCUGAAAUAGGGCUUCAAACUGAUGUUGGUAUAUUGAUACAUUAUGCAUUCCAUUCUUUUUUUAUGAAUGCCAUCAAUAUUCACGAUUGAUGCAACCAAUGAAGAGUUUAAGGGAAGAGU